UCAGGUUGCAUUUCUUUAAGAAGAUGAGCUGUGCUGCUCCCACAAGGAUGAUUCUGAAUGACAAAGCCGACUCCAGUGAGGAUGUAAAUACGAACGCAGUGACAGAGGAGAUCUCCAUUUCAAAUCAAGUUGACGACCAACAGAACAACAGGGAACCCCUCAAAUUUCUGCUUCCUUUUUCUUGUCUUCCUUCAUCUUUAUCUACACAUGUCUCCGCCCCAUCAGACCAAGUCUACAUGCAGGCAGCAGCCAUUUUCCAGCGGCUGCGAACUGAGAAAACAGUCAAACAGCAACUCCUGCAUUAUGAAAAGAAGACUGGCACACCACUGCCAGAGAUCGGAGACAAAACCACACAGAGACAGGCCUUCCAGCUCGCCUUCAACACACUCAAAUAUCAAGAUUUAUUGGAGGACAUCAUCACUGACAGCUGCUUCAACACUUCCCAGCAUAUUUCCAGGGACUUGUUACCAUUGGCAAUGGUGAUGCUGUGUGACUUCCAAGACAGGAGGUUUUCGUUGCAUGAACGAUUGACUAAAGAAAGGGAGGAGCCUCUGCAUGAAGUCAGGGACAUGGAGAGCAGUCUGCUGAGGUGUAAGACAAAGCUGGCUGCAUCCCUGGCUCGCUGUAGAGUGAAACAAAGCCUGCAGAGCGUCUCCUGUUUUUUGUCGGAUCCUGUGAGAACCAAACAGCACAGAGCCAAACGUUUGCCACUUUACGCAUGGGUCAACACUUUAAAAACCAGUGUCGAGGAGGUGUGUGAAGCCUUGAAAAACGCUGGAUUGCGUGAAGUAAAAAACUUGUCUGAACUCGAGGAGUCAGCGUUUUGCAGAGACCCUCUCUGUCCUGACACACUGGUUUUCUCUCCGCAGCUUCAUGCUCUGCUCCUGCACAGCACAGUUACACAUGCACUUAACACACAGGACAGGAGUGUGUGUGUGGCUGUAAGCACAUUACGCCCCCUGUUAUUUGAAAACAGUGACGUGCUGGUAGUGGGGUCUUUCUCUGCUGUGACAGUAGCUCACAUUGCAGUCGUGGCCGCUGCCCGCUCCGGACGGGUGUUGGUGUGUGGUGCUGAUCACACACCUUCACACAUAGAGGAGACACAAGGGCUGCUCACCCAAAUGGACAUAAAAAAUGUCAAAGUCCUGUCAGAAGUGUUCUGUAAUCUAGAUGAGUGGGACGCCCGCAUCCAGCGUUUAAAGGUCAUCAUAGUGCUGCCUCAGUGCUCGUCCUCCGCCCUCAAUGACCCCGUGCCCACCAUGCACAGUGAACAUGGAGACUGGGAUCUAUUGCCAGACUUGUGUCGUAGUUCUGUGUCUCAGAACAAAAAACACGCCAUGGCCACACAGCAGGCACGGCUGCUGGCACACGCUCUCUCCUUCCCAAAGGUUCAGACAGUUGUCUACUGCACACGCUCAGUGUAUCCAGAGGAAAAUGAACAGCUGGUGAAGAGAGUGUUGGAGAAAACACACACUCCCUCCAAACUGCUACCUUUCAGGGUGAACGGUCCAAUUUUCCCUGAUGAGUUGAAAUCAGUAGAUGCAACAGACACCAAGUUCUUCAGGCUUGAAUCAUCUCAGUUCACAAAUGGCUGCUUCAUCGCUCGGCUGUCCAGACAGGCAGAUCCCACUAAAGUAGAAACAGUCCAGGACGUGCUGGCAAGGGCAGCAGCAAAGGGCCUCCUGGGUGGAAUAAUUCCUGAACAAUCAAAAACUGGUAAAAAGGGGAAAAGCAAGAAGAAUCGUGUAGCUUCAGCAGACAGCAGACCUCCUUCACCCCAGAGCCAGGGAAGGCAGACAGGAGGGGAGCUUGAGAGUGGAAAAGAUCAAGUCGCAUAUUCAGAAGAGGAAGAGCAGAGAGGUGAAUGUAACGAGGAAAAGGAGGUUAAGGGAGGGAAGAAGAAGAGAGGGCUAAAAGGGCAUAAGAGAAAGGCCAAACAGCAAUCAAAGCAAAACAGCAGGACUACAGCUGGCUCAAAAAAUCCCUCUCAAAGUCACAAGAAGAAACCGAAAAAGAGAGAAACAAAGCGGCGUCUCACAAAAACUAAACCAAGGAGAAUACCUCGUCUCACACUGACAUUAAUAUCCUCCGCAAAACCUCCCAAACAUUUGUCUCCCAUCACAGCUCUUGCUCACAAGCUGAUCGAUGCUCCAGCAGUUAAACCACAGCUGACUGUGUUUAGCACCCCUACCCCUGCCAAUCCUGUUCGUCCUGCUCCACCUGCGGCGUCCAAGCAGGUGCAGAGGAAAAUCACAGAGACAGUUAAAGCGGAAAGAACAAUAAAGGAUGCAGCUAAACCAGACAGUCUGGGAAAGAUGAGAGGAAAGACAGAAACACUGAAAACAGAGAAGGUUACACAGGUUAUAUCAAAGCUUUCAGAUUUUGUCUUGCCGCCCAUCUCCUUCCAAUCUUCCAGCUCUCUGAGCGGCAAGAGUGUUAGUUCCCCCUCUCAGCGCCCAUCUCGGGCCUCCCACUCUGAACUCACCCAAAUAUCUGCAUCCUCCUCUUGCAUCUCUCUGCCUGGGUUAUAGACAUGUGGGGAUCAGACUCACUGAUGGGGUAAAUUAAAUUAUGAGCAUGCUUUACCACUGCAGUGAUAAGAUCACAGAGGAGCAGACCUCCGAGUACCUUAUUUUAAAGCAUUAAUUUUUAAUUACACUGAGGAAUGUUUUACCAAUAUGAACAGCUUUAGUUUGCUCUGUAUUUUCACUGUUUUUAUGUCCUAAAAUGGCAGCUUUUCAAAACGACUGAAUUAAAUCUGAGUGAAAAUAAAAAUGUUUGAACUUGAAUUACAAUAUUUAACUUGUAUAUUUAAAUCAGGCCCCACAACCCAGAAGAUUACCUCAGUAUACACUUUGCACACGUGCACAUACACAUCUGAAAAAUGUUUGAUGACCAGUCAUACUCUUUUUUUUUGGUAAUUAAGUUAACAUAGGAAGUCAUGCCUUUAAACCACCAUCACAUAUUUACU